UGUCAAAUGUUUGCUGUUCAUUUUCAAAUUGAGAUCACUAAGCUAAGAAAAAAUUGCAUGAAAAUCCAAUUAUAAGAAAUACACUACUAGUUAUUACUAGUUAAACAUAAACAGAUGAAGAACUUUUUUCAUAAUGAACUUAGCAGAUCCCGAUUUAGAAUUGGUAGAUCCGACGCCGAACGUUCAUGCACUAUUCAUACAUUUCGAUAAAAUAUUUUUUUGGACUCAACUAGCAAGUAGGGCUGUAGUCCGCUGGAGCAAGCGCAUGUACUCUUGUGCGGGGACAUGUUCUUAUGAUAGAUGCAUCUGUGAUAUAGCUUUAAGUGAACCAUUGCUCAAAUUGAGACCCCGCAAGGACCUAGUUGAGACACUCCUGCAUGAGAUGAUCCAUGCCUAUCUCUUCAUCACUGAUAGGGAUAGAGACCGAGAUGGACAUGGGCCAAAUUUCCAAAAACACAUGCACAGAAUAAAUAAAGCAGCUGGUCUGAACAUCAGUAUUUAUCAUGAUUUCCAUGAUGAGGUGAAACUUUAUCAAACUCAUUGGUGGAGAUGUGAUGGACCAUGUCAAUUCAAAAAACCACAUUUCGGCAUUGUAAGGCGUUCAAUGAAUAGAGCACCGGGACCAUCAGACUUCUGGUGGAAUAGUCAUAAAAGAAACUGUGGAGGUAAUUUCGUUAAAUUUAAAGAACCUGAAAAACACCAAAAGAAAAAAGCACCUAAUCCUAAACCAGUGGCUGAUAUUACUAAAUAUACUAAGAAAACGAAUAAGGAUAGCAAAACUGAAAAGAUUUCUAAACCUGUUUUAAAAGAUUCUAAUAUGCUACCUGAUAAAUCAAAUACAUUUACUAAAAGUAAUAGUUCUAGUACCAUAGUUGUGACCAAAAAGAAUAACAUAGUUUUUAAUCCUCAAGUUCCAAAGCCUCUUGUUGUGUUCAGUGGUAAAGGGCAGACUAUUAGUGACACAAGUACGACAAACUCAGAAGAUGUUGUUGAAAGGGUUCGAAAUGUUUGGGCAAAUAAAGAUUUGCCAAUGACAUUCUCUAAUACAAAAGUUAGUACAAACACAAAAAAUUUGAAUAAACAUAAGGCUGAAGAAAUAGAUGUUUCUUCGCCUCCAGCCAAAAUAAAGAAAAUAGAUGAUUAUUUCAAACGUAAUGCCACAUCAGUUCUGAAGGACUUGUAUGGACAAGAUUUUGUUAUUACAGAAGUAAAUAGUAAUAAAAGACUAUCAGUUGUAUCUGUCCAAUCAGAUUCGGUUGAUUGUCCAGUUUGCAGUAGUAAAAUAAGUAGUACAGAAAUUAACAAGCAUUUAGAUGAAUGCCUUAAUAAAGAAAUCAUCGAAACUAUUUGCAAUGAUAAUGAAGAUAUAAAACCUGUUAUAAUCGUUAAGGCAGAUCCUGAUAAAGUAAAUAAUAACAUUCCUGCCAAUGUUUCCUAUUCAAAUUAUACAAAUGAUGAAAAAAGCAAGUCAUUUAAGAAUGAUAUAAAAGUCCCUAACAUACAGACAAAAUCAAUUGACUCGAAUGAUGUACCAUUACAAUUUCUUAAUAUAAAAACAGAAUGUGUCGACUUGACUGACUUACCAAAUAGUAAUGCAUUGAUUGAAACAUCAGAGACAAAUAUUAAGAAUGAAAGUGUUUUAAAUAAUAAUGGUCAGGCAAAGAAUAGAAGAUCUGGUGCAUUUGUAUCUGCAAAGCUUGAAAAGGUAGAUUUUAAAUCGACACCAACAUCACCACCAAGAAUAAAAAUAGAGCCUGGCUGCAGUGAAAACAUUGAUUCGUCAGUUGAACAAAAAUGUCCAUGCUGUGGGGAGAUAGUAACUAAAACCAUUGAAGAACACUUCGAUGAAUGUUUGGCAUUUUUCGAUAACAACACCACAAUACCCACUGAAGGUGCUUCAACAAGUUUUGCAAACGAAACAAUAGUCAUUGAUGAUGAUAGUGAUAUAUGUGAUGAAACGUUGACACUUAAUGCUACUGGAACCAAAUCACCUUGUCCGUGCUGCCUUAAAAUGAUUGAGCUAGCCGACAUGAACGAUCAUUUGGAUAUCUGUUUGAGUUAACAUAUUAAUAUCCUUACUAUAUACUCUAAAUAAUACAGAUAAUUUUUUAAAUGAAGAUUUGUAUUCAAAUAUUUGUUACCAUAAUCGUAGAAUAUAUGCAAAUUUCUCAUGUAAAUUUGUUUUAGUUAGGAACAAAUGUUCCAAGAACAAAUGUUAUUCACAAAAGACUGAAAAAUUGUAGUAUAAUUGAUAUGUCUCUUCAAAUAGCUUAAGAGUUAUUUAUAUGUUUAAGUUUAUUAAAUAAUGUAUUCC